AUGUCGUCAAAAAGUCUGCGACAGAGAAGCGUCUUUAACAAGAAGGCAGCUUCGAAGACGAAGAAAGAGACGAGAAAAGUGACGGAAGAAACAGAGGAAGAAGAAGAGGAUGAAAAGAAGUUCUUCGAAGAAACCGUGGUCACGUCGACGUUGUUCCACUCCGCGAAGUUCGAAGGGAAGGAAAAGUUACGAUUCGUUCGAGAACUGUUCAAUCGAAUCGCGAGGAAUUACGACUUCAUGAACCUUUGGAUUUCGUUAGGUGGCACCUCGUAUUGGCGCUUGCGAGCGCUGAGGAAGUUGAACUUACGAUUACACGGGAAAGUGUUAGACGUCGGGUGCGGGUCUGGAAUUUCCACUCGACGGGUUUUGAAAAGGUAUUCCGGGAUAUGCGUGGCGUGCGAAGGUUUAGAUCCGUCGAAAGAGAUGAUUCGCGUGGCGAACGCGAAGAAUCGAGACGCGAGGGCGACGUAUACGGUCGGGAACAUUGAGAAUUGCGACGAGAUGUACAAAAAAGACACGUUUGAUUGCGUGGUGACGGUGUACACGUUGCGGAAUUUCGCGGACUCGCAGUUGGCGAUUUGGCAGAUGAUGCGGGUGUUGAAACCGGGAGGGAAAUUGGUCGUCGUGGACGCGUUUCCUCCCAAAAUCCGGCUCGCGAAGAUGAUUUUAAAGUUUUGGUUGGAAUAUAUCAUGCCGAUCGUAGCUUUGAUUUUCAUACGGGAGAAAAAAGAUAGGAAGGCGUACAAGUAUCUCUCCAAGUCUAUUCAAAACGCAAAGUAUACUCCGGAGACGUUCGUGCACGCAUUAGGGAACAUGGGCGGCGUGAAUAUGAAGGUGAAGAAGUACAUGUUCGGCGCGUGUUGUCGCAUCGAGUGCGAAAAGAAUUUCGUGAAAAGAGACGAACACGAUCCUUUGAAAAGGUAUAAACGAGACGAGAAAGAUUUGUUACCAUAUUACGAACCGGUGGAGUGGAUGGAUAUGGUUUUACCUGUAAUAAUUUGCGUCGCGUUGAGCGUCGUGUUUUCGAACUGGUUAAUGGGAUUAGACUUGAAGAUUUGA